UGCGCGCGAGUCUGUUGUUGAGUGAGGUAGGACUACCCAUGCAUACGGAGAGCCAGGUCAUCUUUGCCGUGAUUUAACUGUGAUUUUUAGGACUUAUUACUUCACUCUCGGUUGUGUUUUUUUCUCGACUCUUUGUAAAAACUUCACAAAAGUGAAACAUGACCCAGUUUAACAAGGGACCAGCCUACGGGUUAUCUGCAGAGGUUAAAAACAAGAUCGCGCAGAAAUAUGACCUACAGAAGGAGGAGGAGCUUCGUUUCUGGAUCGAGGAGGUGACGGGAAUGCCCAUCGGAGAAAACUUUCAGAAGGGGCUGAAGGAUGGUGUCAUUCUUUGCGAAUUAAUAAACAAACAUCAGCCUGGAUCCAUAAAGAAAAUAAACCACUCACAGUUGAACUGGCAUAAGUUAGAGAAUCUUGGGAACUUCAUCAAAGCCAUCUUAGCCUACGGACUGAAGCACAACGACAUCUUUGAAGCCAACGACCUCUUUGAAAACGGGAACAUGACACAGGUCCAGACCACACUUCUCGCUUUGGCCAGCAUGGUACGUUUAACAUCCAGAGGGAAUUCGCUCCUUAAUUUAAACAUCUUUCAGUACUUUCAUAUUUUGAAUAAUGUAAUAGACAUCUUAAUAAAUAAUAAAAAAUAUAUUUUUUUACAGGCAAAGACCAAAGGCAUAGAAACACAUAGUGACAUUGGGGUGAAAUACGCAGAUAAGCAGCAGAGGCGUUUUGAUGAAGAGAAGUUGAAGGCGGGCCAGUGUGUCAUUGGACUUCAGAUGGGAACCAACAAAUGUGCAAGCCAGGCUGGCAUGACCGCUUACGGGACCAGGAGACACCUGUACGACCCAAAGACACAAACAGAGAAGCCCUACGACCAGACCACCAUCAGCCUGCAAAUGGGCACCAACAAAGGAGCCAGCCAGGCUGGUAUGUCUGCUCCAGGCACCAGGCGGGAUAUCUUUGACCAAAAGGCAGCCCUGCAACCGUUGGACAACUCCACCAUCUCAUUGCAGAUGGGCACCAAUAAAGUGGCGUCUCAGAAGGGCAUGAGCGUGUACGGGUUGGGCAGGCAGGUGUACGAUCCCAAAUACUGCGCGACCCCCACGGAUGCUGUCGUUCACGCCAACGGGAGCCAGGGCACGGGCACAAACGGUUCAGAAAUCAGCGACAGUGACUAUCAGGCGGAAUAUCAGGAUGAAGAGUAUCAGGGAGGAUACCAGGACGAGUACAGAGGGCACUACAAGGACCAGGGCAUCGACUACUAGAGAAAGAAUGUUAGAGCAGUAUUAACACAGUGUAUGUCAACAGAGCAAGUCUUUUGCUAUGACUUUCGUCUCCCACAAUUACGCCACCCCUCCAGGGCAUGUGUGCGGGUGGCAGCGUCUUAAAUGAGUAUCUCGCAUCUGCCGUCUUAAUGGUGAAAUUGAGUUGUUAUUUUUAAACAUUUUAUAUGAAGUAUGGAAGUUCCAGUUGUGCAGUCAUCUUUUAGUUUGCCCUGUGCUUUGCUUUUUUUGUGGCUUUAGAUCUUAGAGCAUAUUGAAAGCCCAUUUUCAUUCAAAUGUUGCCACACGCCAAUGCAUGACAGACUAAAAAAGCCCUUUAAAGACAUCGCAUUUUAACUAAGUGUUUUCUUGUUUAAAUUUCUAUAUCACUGGAAGUAUUUUAAAUCUAAAGUUUUUGCAAACUGGACAACCUAAAAAUACAUUCCACUAUAUUUCUUUAUAUAGUUUUUUAUUUUACGUGCCAUAAUAUCAGAUUUUUUUCCUAUUGUAUUUAUUGCCCUGCUUUUCAGUGUAAACCAUUCUUCUGUCGUAUGGUUCUUUUGAUAUGAAUAAGUU